GACUCGUCGUCUGCUUUCCGGAGCGUCAUCCACGAGCUCCCUCAUUAUCUUAUCAAUGAGCCUCUGCGUGAUUGAGCCGAUUAAUCCCCUAAAACCCACUUUGUGUUUGAGCCACGGACCAUUUGAACACAAAACAGCGCCGGCCUGCACCCCCCCCCACCCCCCCAUACUGAAGGAGCAGGAGGAGGUGAUGAGGCUCCUCUUCUCAGGUGGGAUCGUCCUCUCAGGUCGUUAUCAGUCUCUUUUCUUCAUCUUCAAAUACUCAUUUCAUCUUAGAAAGAGUCUCAGGAGAUGAUUUAUGGCGCCCUAACCAGUUUAGAUUUGAUCUGACUGUGGAGGAACUAUUUAACACUUAAAUUAACUAAUUUCCAGUUUUACUCUCCAUCUUCAACUAAAGCCCUAUUACAGCAGACUUAAAUUCAUUAAUUUUGUCUCUGUUCUGCCUUUUUCUGCACAAAGUCAGGUUUUAGUCUAAGUUUUGAGCUCUGAACAAGUAACUUGAUGCACAAAUUGCAUGAUAACAAGAAUACUGAUCAAUACACUGAAAAAACUAAAGUUUUCUCACUGGUCAACUGCAUAAAUAUUUCAUCAAACAUGAAUGUUAAAUACAAAUGAAAACGUAUUCCAUGAAGCGCAUUUUAAGUUACCAAACACAAAAAUAUUAUAAAGUAUAAAUUCAAGAAAAAACUACUUUUAAAAACACUCGUUAGGAUAUAAAAUGAUCAAUAACUGCAAAAAUGUAUAUUAAAAAUUAUAUAAAAGGCACACACACAAACAAUUUUCAAAACAUUUUUUUGUGUUCCAUUAUUUAAUUAUUUUUUUUGGAUUUAUAAAAUGUUUUUACAUUUAAUUGACUUUUAUCACAUUUUAUAAAAUAUUUUAAAAUUAAAUAUUUCUGCAGUUAAUGAAAAAUGUUUUAGAACUUUGUAAACUGAGUUUUAAGUUUCAAUUAUUUUUGUGUUUUGUGAUAUAUAAUUUUUUUAUGUAUUUGUUUUUGCUCAGAAAAACGUAAGUGCAGUGGCCCUCCAGGGUCCCUGUAUCUAACAGACGGCAGAGAGUCGUUCAUUUUUUGGGACUAUUGAUCGACUAAUCACAGCGGAUCAUUUGAAUUAAAUCAAGACGCAGCCUUUAAUCUGAGGGGAUAAUCACAGGAUUAUCUGUUAUCAUGGAGCUGCCAUAUUUAACUACUCACUCUUUAUUAUGUCUCCCAUCAGUCUGAUGGCCUGUCUCUGAAUAAAAGACUUAGACAAUCAUGAUUUUAACAAGUGUUUGCUGGUUGUGCCUUUAAUUUCAUUCUGAUCAAUUUAAAGGUUCAAAAUGUAAAAUAUAUAUAUCUAAACACUUUAAACUACUUUAACACUUUUUAAAAACCUGUUUUCUGUCUGUCUCCAUGUUAUGUCUCCAGUUACAGAUUACAGGAAAACCAAAGAAAAGUGGAUUGAUAAAUACUGAUUUCAUGUUACGUAAAAAACGUUAAAUGCCACCAAUUCAACUUUUAAGACAACAAAGUGUGUCUGGAGGUCAUUUAACCUCCAACCUUUGUGUAAUCUUUGGUCAGGAGGAAAAUCUGCAAAUAAAAACAGACAAGGUCUUGGUACAUCCUGAAAGAUUUAUUUUUCAAAGCCCUUAGAGUCUUUCAUCCUUAAGUAACAUAAAAACCAACUCUGGCACGUUAAGUUUUUUUUACACCUUUUACAUUAAAGUUUCUGAAACAAAAGGCAUUUUUAGAUUGUGGACUCCUUCAUGGUGUUCAUCAUCUUGUUUUUACUCUUUCAGAGGAGAUGCAGACGGAGGUGUGUCUAUUAUCUUCUCUUUGGAGGCAGGAAGGAGGUGAGGAGGAGGAGGGUGUAAGAGGGUGAGGGGGGUCCAUCCAGACUGACUGGAGCCUGCCUGUAACAGCCUCUCUGAGACUCUGAAUGAGACGUCUUAAUGACUCUGGUUGUGAAAACGUAAAGGAGGGGAGGAUGUAAGCUUUGAUCUGACCCGGGGACCCCCCCUUUAAAUACAGACUGCUUGUGAGGAAGGGGGACAGUCAGGACUCCCUCAUCACCAGGACCACACCAGCAGACUCUGGACUCAGGUUUUUGGAUUUACUGUGAAACUCUGCAGACAUGAGAGGACAUUUCUCCAUCGAGUGGAUGGCCCAGAGCAGCCAGACUGCAGAGACAGAGACCCAAGGAUCUGGAUCAGGAUCUGGACCUGUUACCUGUGGGACAAAUGCAGAGAGUUUACCUGGUUUCUACAGCCGGCAGAGGCCUGAAGUUUUACCUGAGCAGGACCAGAACAGGAGCCUCCAGGUCGGGUUCAGCCUGAGCUCGAGGCAGAACCAGAACUCUCAGAAUAAUCCAGGUGAGCUUUGUGUGUUUUCAUCAUUUCAAACUUCAUAUAUUUAGACAUCGACUACAGAUCACCGUUACUGUAGAUCUGUGAAGAAGACAAAGUGAGGGACCAACGCUGGGACCAUUAUACCAGUUCUUCAGUCUGGGCAAAGUUAGAACAAUUUGGGGAUAAAACUUAUGUUGAACUGGUGAUGGGUAAAACGUGGCCUUUUUUGGGCAAACCUGUGUAAACCUUGAUUAGUUUGGAUAUGUAAUUUUCUGGUUAAAAUUUGUUUUUAUUGUCUAAAGUUUGAGCUAAAGUUGGGUAAAACUCAACUUAUUUGGGCAAUGUUUGCAUAGUAUUUGGAGAAACUUGAUCAGUUUGGUUACAUUUUCCAGUUUUCAUGAAAAAUUUGGUCAGUUUGGGCAAAGUUAGAACAAUUUGGGGAUAAAACUUGGCCUUUUUUAAAACUUGAUUAGUUUGGAUAAGUUUGACAGUUUAUACUUUGGAAAGUUUAGGAAAAAUGUGACCAAUUUUGGAUAAAUCUUUGCCUAUUUGGUCAGUUAUUUGGUAAGAACUUAAACAAUUUGAGCAAAGUUUAGAUUGAUGUUGGGUAAAGCUUCAUUAUUCUGGAUGAAUAUGUCAUUUUUGGGUAAAAUUUGAGCUAAAGUCUGGUAAAACUCAACCUAUUUGGGUAAAGUUUGCAUAGUGUUGGGUAAACUUGAUCAGUUUGGUGAAAUCUGCCAGUUUUCAUGAAAAAUCUGGUCGAUUUGGUCAAAGUUUGGACAGAUGUUGGGUGAAGCGUCAUUACUUUGGAUAAAUUUGUCAUUUUCUGGUUAAAAAUUGGCCUUAAAUUUGAGCUAAAGUUGGGUGAAACUCAACUUAUUUGGGUUAAGUUUGCAUAAUGUUUGGGUAAACUUGAUCAGUUUGAUUAAACUUGCCAGUUUUCAUGAAAUAGUCGGUGAGUUUGUGCAAAGUUUCAGCAGGGAAUUUUUUUUUUACAGUUUUUAACUCAAAAGGUCAGCUGGCUUCCUGGAUUGAUGGUCAAGGAAAAAACCUGAAUUUUUACAAAUUCAUGAUUUUGAUUUCAUAUUCAUAUUUUUCCUGUUUUAAUAAUUCAUUUUUUACAGUGUUGAAUAUGAACUUAAUUGUAGUCAAAGCUCUGAAUGCAUCAACGUUAUUCUGAGGAAAAAGUGACUCUAGACAGUUUUCUUCUUUGUUGGUGUCUGCAGCAUCUGAAGGCGGGUUCAGCAGCGGAACAGAGGAAGAGACUUCAGGGUAUGAGAGUGAAGGAGGUCAGUCUGUCUCCCCCUCAGCCCCCGAAGUAGACUGCGCCUCCUCCCCCUCCUCCUCCUCUUGCCCGACGUCGCCCCCUUCAGGCCGGAGGCCUCGCACAGCAUUCACGGCGGAGCAGAUCAGCAGCAUGGAGAAGGCGUUUAAGAGGAAUGCUUACCUGGGAACGCAGGACAAAGCCGAGCUGUGCAAGAAGCUGAACCUGUCAGACAAACAGGUAACCACAGAUUAAAUGAUCUGUUAUUAAUGUGUAAUAAUCAAUAUGAUGGCAGCUGAUUUUAGCACUAACAGUGAGAAAAAUUUUGAAAGUAAAAAUUAUAUUAAACGACUCAUCAUGAUGGUCAUCUCAGUUUUUCUAGAGCGAACUUUUUCUCAUCAGAAAUUUUUCCUCUCUUCUUCUCAGAUCAGAAACUGGUUUCAGAACCGGCGGAUGAAGCUGAAGCGGACAGUCCAGGACGCCCUCGCUCAUGCCUGUCAGGCUAACGUCGCCUCUCACUUGAUGCAUUAUCCCGAACUGCAGGCGUAUAGGCCGGGACCAUACCCGAGGUAUCACUCUGCAGCAGGAGGCGCUCAGGAAGGCCCGGCUGCAGCCUCGUACGUCCAUCCUCACAACCUGCAGUACAGUUCGGCUCUUCCCGCCGUCCCCUCUCUGCCUCUGGACUCUCUCUAUCAGUACAGCAGCCUCCCCGGGGUCAUGCUGCCCACCGCUGCCUCUCCUCUCAUGGCCUCUUACACCACGUAUCCUCAGUAUUACUGAAACAGAAACGGACUUCAUUUGACUUCUUCAUUCGUCCUCCUGACAGGAUCAUCAUUGAAGGAAAUCAAUACUUGAAUCAUGACUCAGACAGGGUGGUGUGCAAUACUUGUAACUGAUGUACAGUCUGAAAAUAUUUAAAAUGAAUCUAUGAAGUGUUUUAUCAAAGUUUGAUGUGAAGUUGCUGUGAAAUAAGAUUGUUAAAAUAAAAUCUAUCUUAAAACUUUACAUACUGUCUGACAUGUUUUAAAUAAUAAAGUACAGUUGAACAAAAACAUCCAAAUAAUGAAAAUUGAAUCUAUAUAAUGAGAAAGAAAAAGGGUCAAAAUUUUACAAAACUACAUUAAAAUAUAAAACCUGGAUUACUUGGCCCCCUCAGGCCACCUUAUAGACACACCUCUGCUCAAGCUCCAUUAAACAGGCGAAUUCAACUUUAUAAAAUUACUGUUAGAGUGACACCAAUAUUUAUUAACGUAUUAAGAUUUUGUUGAAAUACCCGCAUUGCAUUAACAAGAAGGUGUUUAGUGUAAAAUAAUAUCUUUUAAAUGCUAUACAUGGAGAAAUUGCACAUUUGAAUAAAAUAUAAAAUAACAAAUUUCAAUUAACUAGAAUAAAUUGAAAUAAAAAAAAUAUAUAUUAAUCAAAAGCUAAGCUACAAAGGUGGGUCUUGAGCCUGCUCUUAAAAAUAUGAACGUUAUCUAUGUAAAUCUAUAUAAUGAGAAAGAAAAAAGGUCAAAAUUAUACAAAACUACAUUGAAAUACAAAAACCCGUCUCAGCAGUUAUCAGGAGGGAUAACGGGAUGGUAAAACUUGGAUCUCUCGGCCCCCUCAGGCCACCUUAUAGACACACCCCUGCUUGAGCUCCAUUAAACAGGCAAAUUUAACUUUAUAGAAUUACUGAUGAAGUGACACCAAUAUGUAUUAAAGUAUUAAGGUUUGCAUGUUGAAAUACCUGUAUUUUAUUAACAAGAAGGUAUUUAGUGUAAAAUAAUGUCUCUUAAAUACUUUACAUGGAGAAAUCGCACAUUUUAUCAUAAAAAAGUCACAAUUCUGACUCCAACUUACAAUCUUUACCUUGUAUGACAACUUAACUAUCUCACUGAGCUGAUCAGAUAAACUUUGUGUGAGAACCUGCGUUAAAUAUACUGUUUAUUUGAACUGAAAUUACACUUUUUCUGCCAUUUAGAGCCCAGAAAUAAACACUAACUGUGUGUGUUUCAGUUCAAUGUGCGACCAAGUGUCAUAUUCUUCUGAUUCAGUCUGCAGAUUUUCAUAUUGCACAAUCACCAAAACAGUGUGUGUGUUUUUUCCAUGGAAGGCAGGGAGGAACUGUUCUUAGUCGUAUUUCCAGGAAUUUAGAGGUUUUGAAGACGUGAUGAGAGGGCUGGACAAUAUUUUUCUGACCAAACUUCACAGAAUGAUUUAAAGAAAACAAAUAAACCAGUCUGGAUGUUCAGAUUUAGUGUCCAGAAGACUGACUGAGUAGGAAGAAAUUACUCACAUAUACUGCAAAUAAACAGUUCAUUCCAUAAAAAGUGUCAGUUUUUAUACUUUUCAAAAAGUACACUGGCUCUGGUUGCUGGCUGAAGUCUGAUUUUGUCUUUCUGAAAUACCUCUGGGUUUUUACAGGACUGUCACUCUGCCUGUCAGAGUUUUCUGCAGUGUACAAUCAGAAAACUGAGAAAAUAAAGAUUCAGAUAUACUCUGCAGAGCUGUUUACACUGCUGUGGUUUCAUCUCCCAACUCACAGGUGCUGCUGACAUUUUGGUUGUUCCAGCA